CCGAGCGCUCGCACUGAAUUGCUCUUUCCGGGGUCCAAAUAGUGAAGUCUAGCCCUCUGAGAGUCAGGGGCGCGGAUGUUUUAUGGCUAGUUUUUGUAUUAACAAAUAUUGUAUUAUCAGUCAAGAUAACUCCCAGCACGGCACUGCACCAAGGGAUCUGAAGUAACCGACGUCAACAGCUGAGCAGCUAGCCACGGCCGCGGACAGGUAUGUCUGAAGUUAGUCUUGAGGCUGAAUCGGGGAAGACCUCAGCUGAGGACCUGCAAAUGGAUUGUAAGGAGGCUCACAAAACAGAGGAGUCUUUGAGUGAGGAUGCAAAACAGGAGAAUGUAGACAACCAUAGCGUGGGGGAUGACAGAGAUGAGGUGCUUUAUGAUGUUGAUAUACACAGUGAUAACGAUGAUGUAGAAGAAACUAACCAGGCUGCUCAAAAAGGGGAUGAAGGUGUUCACAGUGAGAGUGAGGAGGCAUUCGAUGAUGGAGAUGUUAAGAGCAGCGGUGAUGCUGUACGUAUGACUGGCAGUGUAGACGAUGGGGGAGACGGGACAAAUCACCAUACUGAGACAGCUGAAACACCAGAGGAAAAUGGAGAUUCUCACACUCAGACAAAGGAAAAUACUAUGGCUGAGGAGCCCCAUAGAAGCUCAGCCGCAGAGAUCCCCGUCACUAGCAAUGGAGACCUGGACCAGAGCCCGAAGAAUGUGUUCAACAGGGACUCUUUCCCUGGUUCUCCUGGGGCCCUGAAUCUCUCAGAAUCGAAUCUCACCUCCAGCAACUUCGCAUCAACAACAGAGGGCAUCAUUGAAUCGGGACCAUACAAAGGGUCAGCAAGCCAGCCCACGUCUCCCGUGGCACCUGUUGCUCCCAGCUCAGUCGUCGCUAGCCGUCUGGCACGCUCUGCCAGCGAUAGUGAGGCUGUGAAAGGCACAAUGAAAGAGCAGCCAAAGAGUGGAGCGGUGGUCCUUGCAGAUGACCUGAAGAACCCUGCCAUGGAAAAGCUGGACCUCGUGAGGAAGUGGAGCAUCAACACUUACAAAUGCACCAGGCAGAUCCUGUCAGAGAAGUUGGGUCGGGGCUCAAGGACUGUGGACCUGGAGCUGGAGGCUCAAAUCGAAGUGCUUCGUGACAACAAGAAAAAAUACGAGCAUGUCAUCAAGCUGGCCCAAACACUGGCCAGUCAGCUGUCCCAGAUGAUGCAGACACAGAGACAAUUGGGCGAUGCCUUCGCUGACCUCAGCCUGAAGUCACCAGAACUCCAUGAGGAGUUUGGCUACAAUGCUGAUACCCAAAAGCUUUUGUCCAAAAAUGGAGAAACACUGCUGGGUGCCAUCAACUUCUUCAUCUCCAGUGUGAACACACUUGUGGACAAAACAAUUGAAGACACCAUGAUAAACAUCAAGCAGUAUGAAGUCGCCAGGGUUGAGUAUGAUGCAUACCGUACAGACUUGGAGGAGCUGAAUCUGGGGCCACGUGACGCGUCUACCAUGCCCAAGAUCGAGCAGUCCCAACAGCAGUUUCAGAUUCACCGUGAGAAGUAUGAGAGGAUGCGCAAUGAUGUAUCCAUAAAGCUGAAGUUCCUUGAAGAGAACAAGGUGAAGGUGUUGCACAACCAGCUUAUCCUGUUCCACAAUGCCAUCGCUGCAUACUAUGCAGGCAACCAACAGCAGCUUGAACAGACACUCAAGCAGUUCCACAUCAAGUUGAAAAUGCCAGGUGGAGAGACUCCAUCUUGGCUGGAAGAGCACUAAUCACUCCCAUCUCACCCGUACUGGCCUAGUCUGGGCUUUUGAAAGGAAAUGUAUAAUUCCAAACUUCAACAGAAACUACAGGAAGCCCUCCCUUGACUCCGUUACCCUUGCCUUUCAAACCUCAAGGUUUGUAAACCUUUUAGGAAAAUUAAGAAAAAGACAAAAAAAAA